CUGGCUGUGGGGCCGCGGCGGCUCCUCUGCCGGGUCGCGCCGGAGGACGGGCCUUCGGGCGGCGGCUCGGGCGGCCUGCGGACGGACGCGCGGGCCGACUCCCAGGCCCCGCGCCUGCCGUCUCCCCCUCCCGCCGGGCCGGGCCCGCGCCAUGGCCGCCUCGCCGGGCUCGGGCAGCGCCAACCCGCGGAAGUUCAGUGAGAAGAUCGCGCUGCACACGCAGCGGCAGGCCGAGGAGACGCGGGCCUUCGAGCAGCUUAUGACCGACCUCACCCUGUCGCGGGUCCAGUUUCAGAAGCUUCAGCAGCUACGUCUCACGCAGUACCAUGGCGGGUCCUUACCGAACGUGAGCCAGCUUCGGGGCAGUGCCACGGAGUUCCAGCCCGCCCUUCACCAGGCUGAUAGCGUGCGUGGGACCCGCCACCACGGGCUGGUGGAGAGGCCAGCCAGGACCCGCUUCCACCCUCUCCACCGAAGGUCCGGGGACAAGCCAGGACGACAAUUUGAUGGUAGUACUUUCGGAGCCAAUUACUCCUCACAGCCCUUGGAUGAGAGCUGGCCAAGGCAGCAGCAUCCUUGGAAAGAAGAGAAGCACCCUGGAUUCAGGCUGACAUCUGCUCUUAACAGGACCAAUUCUGAUUCCGCGCUUCACACGAGUGCUCUGAGCGCCAAGCCCCAGGACCCCUACGGAGGAGGGGGCCAGUCCACCUGGCCUGCCCCAUAUAUGGGUUUCUGUGAUGGUGAGAACGACAUACAUGGGGAAGUGCUGUCUUUUCCGGGCCCACUGAAAGAAGAGAAUCUGUUAAACGUUCCCAAGCCACUGCCGAAGCAACUGUGGGAGACCAAGGAGAUUCAGUCCCUGUCAGGGCGCCCUCGAUCCUGUGAUGUUGGAGGUGGCAAUGCUUUUCCACACAACGGUCAAAACAUAGGCCUCUCACCCUUUCUGGGGACCCUGAACACUGGGGGGUCAUUGCCAGAUCUAACCAACCUCCACUACUCUGCGCCCGUGCCAGCCUCACUGGACACCGGCGACCACGUCUUCGGUAGUAUGAGUGUGGGGAAUAGCGUGGGCAACCUGCCGGCUGCCAUGACUCACCUGGGCCUACGGAGCUCUUCUGGUCUGCAGAGCUCUCGGAGCAACCCCUCCAUCCAGGCCACGCUCGAUAAGACGGCCCUGUCCUCCCUGAACAGCCGCCCGCAGACGUCCGCCCCCAGCGCCUCCGCCCUUCACCCUUCCCUCCGGCUCUUUUCCCUCAGCAACCCGUCCCUGUCCACCACAGCCCUGAGCGGCCCGGCCCGGCGGAGGCAGCCCCCCGUCAGCCCACUCACGCUCUCUCCGGGCCCCGAGGCGCAGCCGGCCUUCAGCAGACAGCUCUCGGCCACCAGCCCCCUGAACCCGUAUCCUGCGGCACAGAUGGUGUCCUCAGAUCGCAGCCCGCUUUCCUUCCUGCCCACAGAAGCUCAAGUGUCCCCGCCACCCCCUUACCCCGCCCCCCAGGACCUCUCCCAGCCCCUCCUACAGCAGCCCCCUGCCCAGGAGCCCCAGGCCGCCUCAUCCCUGCCUCCAUCUGGCUUCCCGCUCCUCACAGCCCAGGGUUCAUCUUUGACCAACUUCUUCCCAGAUGUGAGCUUUGACCAGCAGUCCAUGAGGCCAGGCCCGGCCUUCCCUCAACAGGUGCCCCUGGUGCAGCAAGGUCCCCGAGAACCACAGGACUCAUUUCAUUUGAGACCAAACCUGUAUUCCAACUGCGGGAGUUUCCCCAACACCAUCCUGAUGGAAGACUCGAGUACCAGCCUAUUCAAGGACCUCAGCAGCGCACUGGCGGGCAUGCCCGAGGUCAGCCUGAACAUAGACACUCCGUUUCCACUGGAAGAAGAGCUCCAGAUUGAACCCCUGAGCCUGGACGGACUCAACAUGCUAAGUGACUCCAGCAUGGGCCUGCUUGACCCCUCUGUGGAAGAGACGUUUCGAGCUGACCGACUGUGAACAGGAUGGAAUGGGCCAGAAUGUGUUGCUGAAGGAGCGGAACUAGAGCGGCACAGCAUGGAGCCAGCUACACCCCCUGGGCCGGAGGGGUCCUGGGCUUUUGGCAUGGAAGCAGCCGGUUCCGUGAGUCCCAGUGUUCCGACGAGGCCCCGUCACACCCCGUGGCUCACUCGAGACCUCAGAGCUGCGCGCUGCCUCUCAGGCCCACGGCCCCGAUGAUGUGGCCACAGGUGGUCCACCUUGGGGCUUCUGACGACUCGGGUGGGGUGACACCGGGACCAGUACAUCUGCUUACCAGCCAUCUAGUCUGUCGGCGCAUUGAAGCAGAACAGUGUGUGCCACGGGCCGCGGUAGCGGGUGCAGCACCAGAACCACUGACUUAGUCCACACUGAAGAGCCGGCCCGGACUGCGAGGCGGUGAGGGGCUGCGGGCCUUCGGGGGGUGACUCGGCUGCCAGCCGCGGCCCCGCAGCACCACGCCGCCUUCCCCGCUCUUGCCGGCCCGGCCCGGCAGCCGCCCGCCAUGGACGGGACACGCCACGAUCACCCCGAUGCCUUACUUCCAACAUGAAGAAUUUUUACCACGAUGUCAAGAACAGAUUUGAGUUAAGCAAAGUGAAUGCUCAUUCGUUUUCUCCCAAGUAUGCAAUCUCUCUGCUGCUUCAGGACACCUUUUCCUGUGGACAAGGGAAAGGAGGACUGUUCUAUUCAGUCACUGAAAAAAAACAAAAUCCCCCGGUGAUGAAUGAGCCUGGAGAGAGAAGGGCUUCCUCUCGGUGCCAGGGGCAGCAUCUCCAGACCCACGAUGUCUUCCAGACGAGCUCCCGACCAGAGCAGGCCGCCCUCUCCACCAGCCGGCUGCGGGGAAGCCUGUCCAGCCGCCGACAGCGGCAGGGGGAGGCUCUUUCUCUGUGGAGCAGGAGUGUUCCUGGAACCCCACUAGCCCGUAAGCUCCUUGAGCGCGGGAACUGUGCCUUACUCUUUCCAAACCCCAGCAGCAAGCAGAUGUGGGCCCCGGGAGAUGCUGUGGAGCUGCACCCCGAAGGCAUGGACAAGGAACGGAGAAGUGCAUGGAGGUGCCCCGCUGCCCCGGCAGUCCCGUCUUCAGCUCGACCCCUUCCUUGCCAAAUCCCGGAGCUUCAGCCUUUCUAACACUUGUGCCUGUGGUGAAGCGAGGCCUGCACUUUAGUAAGCUUCUGACACUAGGAGACCAGCUCCACGGUGAUACCGGGCCCCGUUCUCCUCAAGGGGAUUCUCCAGGGCAGGCGGGUGGAGACCGUCUUCGGAGCGCAGCCAGGAUGGCUGGGCACGCUGAGGCCUCGGGGCUCAGUGCCAGGACCUCGGGGAUCCCAGCCAGGCCCCCACCUGAAAAGAUCUUCCCUUAUCAGAUCCAUGUUUUGUUCUGAAUUGCUUUUAAAGGAGAUUUAUUCUUUGAAGUUGUAGAAAAAAUCUACAGUAAAAUGAAGACCUAAUUCAUGAAGCCGUCAUUAGUCAUCAGUCCCUUCACGUAAACCAGUAUGACUGGGUUUCCAGCACCGCUUGCCUCCUCUGCUUAGCCCCGGCCAGACGCCGGAUAGCUGAGUCUGAAGAGCACCUCUGGGGAGGGGUGUGGGCACGGGAAAACAGGACGGAGAGGACAGGAGUGCUGAAGGAGAGAGAAAGGAUGCUGGAACUUUCGCCUGGACAGCCACUGCCCUUCCAGGAGACCCCAGGAGUGUGGCUGAAGCUCGCUAGUCUGCCCCCACCCAAAGAAGCAAGGCUCUACUACAGGUCUGAAUCGGGUCAGUGCCACAUGGCAAGAAGAGUCUGGAACGGCAUGCUGGGCUGUUAACCUCUCUAGACCUCACCCCAUUCCUGUCUCCAGAAGGAUCGCCUUACCUCCGGUCUCUCAAAGAACCCCGAUGGCCCGCCACUGCUGCUUCCUCUGUGGGGCCCAAGUCCUGAGCCUCACAGUCGCCCCAAAUCUAGCCAGGGUCCUCACCUGAGCUCCAAGCCCCAGUCCCAGGGGAAUUUUCAGAUCCCUUUAUCCUGAGGAUCUCAGGAGGGAGUGACUCUCGCUGUUCAAGUACAAGCCCUUUGCUUGUCAUGGUACACAGCUCCCUGGUGUGCCGAGAAUGAAGCUAGCUAGCUCCACGCUGCCUUGCCUGGGUCAGAGGCCCCCCCAAAUCUGACCUGGCCCUUCAGACAGGGAAUGAUGCUGAUGGUAGAAGUUUGGUUUUUGUUUUUGUUUUUUGUUUUUUUUUAAGUAGAGGCCCCAGCAUAACCCACUCUCUGCACAGUGCCUUACCUGGAGGGGUCAGUGGCGUGGGGGGUCCCAGCUCUAUCUGCACAGCAGGAGCCCCGGGACCUACACAGUGAAGAACACUGCCCCCGGGGCAUUCUCCCAGUGACUCAUGGAAAUGGAGGCUCCCAAGGAACAGUGCAGUGUCCCAGGGGUAUAUAAUGAUGACAGUAAGGUUAGCACUGAAUUAAAUUUGUCCUUAGGUCUGCCAGUCCAGUCUUUUCCUGUGAAAAGGUUUUGGGCAUUAUCCAACCCACUUUGCUCACAUGGCAUCAAGGACACCCAUGGGCGGGUGUCACUCUGACCUUCAGCGGGUAAUUCUGCCCUCACUGCUGCCUUUGCAACAAACCAGGCGUGGUCCCCAGCAUCUGAAGCAACUACAUGCAUCAGAAUAAACGAUCUUCCAAUAUUUAGUCUUGUUACAAGAAAGCGACGGCUGUACUACUCUCGUUUACUAGCAGUUAAACAGUAUAGAACUAAAAACCUGUGUUCUACUUUUUCUUUGUGUACAGUUGUGUUUUUUAGGACACAUGGUGUUAGGAGAAAAAUUUUUUUGAUCAUGUCUCGACGACCAUAAAUUCUCCCCUGUCCUGUUUCAUUUCUCCUGAGUCUACUGUAUAUUAACCGAGCUGAAGCCCCGUGGGUUCCAGCCCACCUGCGGAUCUGAAGACCCUUCCGACUGGACUCUCUCGUUGGCUCUGUUACGCACGGUGGUUCCUUCGCUCCGCGGCGGGACCAUCACAGCAACUAAUCAGACUUCCCGCCAGUGCCCUAACUCCCAGGUCCCCUGUUAAAAAAAAAUAUUUAAAGAUUGGAAUUUGUAUAAAGUAGCUCCCAAGUUUUAUAAUACGUCAUUUUACAUCUUUCGUAAUUAAAAGCAGCACAAUAAGGUUGUA